AUAGCGUCAGCGUAACGGUCUCUCGGCUUCGGUGCGUGACAAAGCAGGCAAAGUGCGCGCCGCAUACGUGCGUCAGCUCGGAAAAGAAAUGGAGGACGUUUUGAACGAGGUCGUCUCUUCCGAGGAUCUAAAGAAAUUCGAAUCUGUGUACAAUCAGCAGUUACACUCGUCCUAUGUUACGCAAAAAGCACAAUUCGAAUACGCCUGGUGCCUUGUGAGGAGCAAGUAUUCGGCGGACAUUAGGAAAGGAAUAUUGCUGCUGGAGGACCUCUAUAGCAAUCACGAUACGGAGAAGCGCGAUUGCCUGUACUACUUGGCCAUUGGAAAUGCCAGAUUAAAGGAGUACUCCAAGGCGCUCUCCUAUGUCAGAGCAUUCCUUCAGAUUGAACCCGCGAAUGUGCAGGUGCAACAUCUGGAGACGUUGAUAAGGAAGAAAAUGGAAAAAGAGGGCCUUAUGGGUAUGGCUGUCGCGGGAGGUGUUAUUAUCGGUGUCGCAAGUAUUCUAGGACUGGGCAUCGCGAUGGCAAAAAAGCAUUAGUUACUCCUAAAAAAAAAGAAACUAUUAGAACUGUGACUAUGCGAUUACAAUUGUGAUGUAACUUGUUUGCGCGAAAUGGUGUGUAACUUGCGUCUCGUAAUUGCCGUUAGAGCCGGUGAAGUCUCAAAUGUACUAGAACGUUGACCAAAUCCAAUAAAUGUCAUUUGUAAAGUUACUUCUCUAUUAAUCACAAAAAAAGGAGAACAAGAAGAAAAACCGGCUUAUAAAUACGAUUUGUUUAAUCAUUUAUGUUAUUAUUUAUAUAUUUAAACGUAUCACGCAAAACAAAACUUUUUGUCAAAAGUAUCUGUUCAAAAAUCAAACCAAUUUAAUUUUCACUACAUUUGUUGAAGUUAUAUGCGAUUAAUUUUUUUUUACAUUCCGAAGUUACAUGCGAUUAUUUUGUAUAUUGUAUACGUCACACAUAUCACACAUGGAUAUGGAUAUAUCACAUAUGAAUUAUGGAUAUACGUGUAUUCAUGAUGUUUUGUAUUUAAAAUUUUAUUUAUACGCGAGUGUGUUUAACUGGAGUGUACCAAAGCGUUAAAUAAAAUUACCGAACGAUAAGAGCUAUAGCUUUUGUAUAUAAUUAGGGUUGUAUUUACAGUUGUAUGCGCGUAUUGAUUUAUGUUGUUAUCGGAUCCUUUUAAUAAAAGUCAAUGUUUGAAGCUA